UGGAGUUCUAUCUAUUCUUCUUUUCCAAAUCAUCUGGGAUACCUUUCUGCAGCAAUGCCUCCUCCUGGUGUGUGUCUAAAUAUCAUGAAAGAGCGCCACAAGAAAGAUGGCCGUGGUAGCCUUGACAACCCCCUGAAAUUCCUCAACCAAGACUUUGAACAGAUGAAGCAGUACUGUAUUGCUCGGGAGGUUCGCUUUGUCGAUGACAUGUUUCCCCCAGACCAUAAUUCAAUUGGCGAAGGACUACUGUCCCCCUCCGACAUGGGAAGAGUGCAGUGGUUGAGGCCACAUAAAAUUGCUCAGAAUCCCUCUUUUAUUGUUGAUGGAAUUUCAAGAUUUGAUUUUGGGCAAGGCAUGGUUGGUAACUGCUGGUUCCUUGCCUCCAUUGGGGCACUGACAUUCCAAAAGCAUUUCCUGGAACAAGUCAUGCCUCUCAAUCAAUCAUUUCAACAAGAAUAUUGUGGAAUAUUCCAUUUCAGGUUCUGGAGGUUCGGAAAGUGGGAGGAUGUUUUGAUUGAUGACAAGCUUCCGACAGUUGAUGGCAGGCUCAUUUUUGUCCAUUCCAAAACUCCAAAUGAGUUCUGGCCUGCUUUGAUGGAGAAGGCCUACGCCAAAGUUUGUGGCUCCUAUGCAGACAUGAAUGCAGGGACGCCCUCUGAGGCUUUGGUGGAUUUUACUGGCGGGAUCCACUUGUGUAUCCAGCUUGCAGAAGCCCCUUCUAACCUAUGGGAUCUAAUGUCUAGAGCUGCCCAAUCAAAAUCGCUGAUGGGGUGUGGUACUCCUCAAGGGGAAACAUCAGCCAACACCGUUGCAGAGAACGGAUUAGUGAGGGGCCAUGCAUACACUGUUACAGGUGUCACUGAGCUCACGAGAAAUGGAAGACCAGUGAAGCUGGUGCGUCUGUGGAACCCCUGGGGCAGGGUGGAAUGGAACAGGGAGUGGAGCGACAAGUCCCCCUUGUGGCAGACCGUGAGUCUUAAGGAUCGUCUGAAAUGUCUCUCAGUGAAGGAUGACGGAGAAUUCUGGAUGACAAUUGAGGAUUUCUGCAGCAAUUACUCAAAUUUGGAUAUCUGCUCUCUGUACCCUGACUUCCUUGAUGGAAAUGUCACUGGGGGUCACUGGGGGUGUUCCGUCCAUGAUGGCAGAUGGGUUGCUGGAACUACGGCUGGUGGAUGUUUAAAUUAUCGAGACAGUUUCUGGACAAACCCUCAGUAUCGGUUAAAGAUUGAAGGUCUGGAUGAGGAUUGUGCUGAGAAACAAGGGGACAAAAAUAUGCUGGUCUCUCUGAUGCAGAAGCCUAACAAGCCAAACAGACGCCUGGUUAAAAGCCUCCACAUUGGAUUUUCAAUUUUUGAGGUGCCUGAACAAUACAAGCGUCUAGAAGGAAAGUUCCCAGCAUCUUUCUUUGCCACCAAUGCACCUGUGGCUCAAUCCAAGAAUUAUCUAAAUGCUCGUGAAGUCAUGGGGCUGUUCCGUCUGAAGCCUGGUGAAUAUCUGAUCGUGCCAUCCACCUUCAAACCGAACGAAACAGCAUCUUUCAUCUUGUCCAUCCUUUCCAAGACACAGACCAACAUCCAUGAAAAUUCUGAUGGUCAUGACCACAUGGAAGUCACAAAGCCAAAACCAAUGGAAAAUGAAGACAAUAAAAACAAGAAAAAGCUUUUUCACCAGUACUCUGACAAGUAUGAAGAAGUGGAUGCUGAGUUGCUUCAAACGAUUUUGAACGACAAUGUUCUUAAGGGACAAACAAACAAUGGUGGCUUCAGCCUAGAUUCCUGUCGAAGCAUGGUUGCUCUGAUGGAUACAUCCAUUACUGGAAAACUGAACAGUACAGAAUUCCUCCAUCUGUUGAGGAAAGUGACCAUGUUCCAGGACAUCUUCUUUGCAAUGGAUGUCUCCCUCACUGGAACUUUAUCAUUGAGUGAACUGAGAAAUGCAAUCAUGGCUUCAGGAAUGACGGUCAGUGAUGGCAUGCUGAACCUGAUGGCCGUACGCUAUGGUGGCUCGUCUGGAAACAUGUCCCUGGAGAGCUUCAUAAGCCUGGUCCUUCGCCUGGACUGCAUGGCCAAAAUAUUCCGGAAGCUUUCUGAAGGAUCAGCCAUGUCUCUUCAGGAAUCUGAGUGGAUGUAUAUUUCAAUGUAUACAUAAACCAUUUACCUCUGGAUGAUGGAUCAACAAUGUUGGAAUAAUUCAGAUGGAGUUGAUGUACAACAUGUUGAACAAGUUGAUGUUAACUGUACAGUAUUUGCAAGAUGUCCGCAAAUUCGACACAUUUUAUAUUUAGUCAACAUUUUCCUCUAAUGUUAACUGUGAGUUAAUUCUCUGUGUUGCUAGAAUGACCCUUGCAAUUGAUCUUAUGAUAUCACAUUUAUUAUACUAGAGUAGUAUUUCUUUUAAAAAAACUUUUAAAAA